AUGAGUGACAAGGAGCCACCACAAGAAUUAAGUGCUGAACGUCGUACUGAAUAUGAAGAAGCAUUUAUAUUAUUUGAUAAAGAUUGUGAUGGGUUAUUAAAUUCUUCUGAAUUACCAUUACUUUUACGUAGUCUUGGUCAAUCAAUAACUGAUGCCGAAAUAGCAGGUGUCCUUCAACAAGCUAAUCUUGAUCCACGUGGUAAAUUUACAGCAUUAGAUUUUUUAAAUUUAAUGGAACAACGAGCAAAUACACUUAAUAAUGAUACAUUUGAAAAUGAACAAGAUGUACGUGAUGCAUUUCGUAUGGUACUUGAUCCGAAAGGAACAGGUACAGUAGCUGCAGAUGAUAUUAUGAAUCUUUUACAAGUUUUUGGUGAAGGUGGAGCUUUAUCACAACAACAAAUAUGGGAACUAUUAGGUACAGCUGAUAGAGAUAAUACAGGACGAAUUAAUUAUGAAGAGUUUAUUAAAGCAAUGACUUCUAAUUAA